AUGGCGAGCCCCGGCCUGGGGCUGCUCUUGGCGCUCGGCCUGCAGCUGCUGCUGACCCGCUGGGGCCGGGUCUGGGGGCAAACACCGGACCCCACUGUAAGUGGGAACAGCACAAUUACACCCUCUGGCCCCAGCCCUGGCUCCAAUGGGGCCCUGUCGCAGGAGGCCACCAUUGCUAUCAUCGUGGUCUUCUCCCUCCUGGCCGCCCUGCUCCUGGCCGUGGGCCUGGUACUUCUGGUGCAGAAGCUUCGGGAGAAGCGGCAGACGGAGGGCACCUACCGGCCCAGCAGCGAGGAGCAGUUCUCCCAUGCAGCCGAGGCCCAGGCUCCCCAGGACUCCAAGGAGACGGUGCGGGGCUGCCUGCCCAUCUAG